ACAGUAAGUAUUAGCAUAUUUUUUCAGUGAAAAAGCGCUUUUGCAUUUAUUUAGAAAAGCACGCUUAAUUAAGUGCUUUUCGUUUAAAUGUUCAUCUCUAUAGAAAAUACAUUUCCAUGGACUGACAGUGGCGUGACAUUGACAGCUGUUUGUUUGCUUGGUGCGUUGUUUUGUUGAACUGUGUGAUUUCUGUUUUUUAUUUGAAUGUUUUAAUUUCAAAACUUACAAAAGUUCCUUUAUCUGUAUUGUUUUAAUUUUGAUACCUCUUAUAUGAUAGCUACUUCAUAUUUUUGUUAGGCUACAACUGAAUAUGAUGGCUGGAGUUUUAAGUCGGCGUAAACAAGCUAAAAGUUGUGAUGAGUGAAACCGACGAUACUGAUGUUCUUUUGCUGAUACCUCCGGAUUUCUUCCUCGUGAACAGUUCAAGCUCUGAAGAUUCACCGCUUGAGUCAUCGAGGACUGUAGUGUAUAAACCGUCGUGCACAGCGCAAGUGUUAGGAAAGCUUGUCGAUCAAGUGUACUCAAUAGAAUCAAGACUUUCUAAUUUGGAAAUCAAUUCAACAGUUGACACUCUAUCAUCAUAUAGUACAUUAUCCAGAUACAAACGUUCAGAAACAACAAAUAGUUUAGACAGCGUUAGUGUAGAUUGUAAGUAUUACACGUUCCCGCGUCGACGACGGCGACGGAAAAUAAAUAAAAAAGAAAGAAAACGUGAUUUAUCAUUAACAAGCUUGGACUUGCCGUCAUCUGAAAAAGGUAUCCCAUUAUUGAAAUUAUCCCAGGGCAUUGAUGUGGCUUCAUCUAAAUUCUCUGAUUUGAAUGAUAAUAGAAGCAUGGACGGUGAUAUAAGCAGCAUAGUAUCUACACCAAGUAAAAAGAAUGACAAACUACUCCUUCAUGAAAUAGAUGAAUUUUUAACUAAAGUUGAAGCAUAUGAGAGCCCUGAGACAAAGUUUAGAGAUCAAAUGACAUCUUUGAGCCCUGAAAAUGUGAUCAAAGCAACAGGGGAUUAUAUAUCACAUAAAUUAGAGAAGAGUAAUCUGGAUGAUGUUAAAUUACCCAGUGGAAGAGUUGUCUCUAGUAACAUUUUGGACAAAUAUAUUUAUUUGGUGAAAAACCAACCACAACAAUCCCAUUCAGAAAAGUCAAUCCCAUCAUCAGUUCCACAAAAGGUUAAUGAAGACACUUCUAGUAUAUGUCAAUCAGAUAUUAAAGAAUCACAAUUAAAGUAUGAUGUUAAGUCACCUAGUAUAAGAAAACUGAAUUUUUGUGAAACUAAAGAUGUUCAACCAACUUCGACUCCAAAAAAAUCUCAGCAACAAAGUACAUCUUCAUUAGAUUCAUUCAGGCCUACGUCUAAUAAAAUAUUUGAUAGAGCUAACAAAGUUCUCGAACAAUAUAAAUCACAAAGUUACAGCCGCGCAGCAAAUUCAAUGACAGAUUCAAGCUAUUUAAUAUCACCCAAAAAGAAUGAAUUUAAGAUGCCACAAAUGAAACCUUAUACACAUGAUCAUAAGGAAAGUGCUAAGUUUGCUGCUAUGCAGAAUAAGUUAAUUGAUUCAAUUGAUACAGAUCUGUUGAGUUUGAGUGAUCUUUGGGGAGAGAAGGGGGAGAAAUUGGAGAGGGUGGAGAGUUUAAAGUUGGAAGAAGAGAGAUUAAAAAGGGAGCACUGUGAGGCUAUGAUACAGCAGCUACAAAAGAAAAUUCUAGAUCAACAAGAGAAGCUGGCUGUAGCCUUAAAGGUGGAUCGGGCAAAAGACUCCGCUAUAGCUAAACUAAAAGAAGCCUGGCUUAGAAUUACUGGUAGCCUCGAUAAGGCAGAAGAGAGGCACAGAACAGCACUGGAGAAAAUGGUUAGGGAAGUGGAGAAUUUCAAAGCUGUUGCUGAUGAAGCUCAAAGGAAAACACAUCACUUUGAGGCAGAAUUGUAUAAGGCUUUGGAUCUAGCACAUGACUAUCAGAAUAAGUGCAAACAAUUGACAGAAGAGAAAAAACAACUGGAAGAAGGAAUGGAGAAGGCACUGGCCAGUCAGAGAGGCAUAAUAUGUAACAAAGACAAAGAAAUUGAGAUGUUGAAAGAUAACUAUGAUACAGUUAUGAAAAUGAACAAGCAAUCUACUGAUUGUCUGAAGAAUUUGGAAGAUAAUCUAAAUAAGGAGAAAGCUGAACAUGAAGUUACUAAAGGUAAGGUCAAUGAUUUGGGUUCUAAAAUUCAAUCAAUCAAUGAAGAAACAUCAUUGUUACAUCAAGAGCGAGAUGUAUUAAAGGAUAAAGUUAAUGAGGAAAGAUCGAGAGGUAAUAUAUUAGAGAGACAGCUGUGUGAGAAACAAAAUCAGUGUAGUGAGCUGUUGAAGAAGUGUGUAAGUUAUUUUUUGUUUUUUUUUCACCUACUUGCAUUUAACCUUUCAAUACAAAUUGCUGGAAGAUAGAGAUAGAAAAACAUACAGCUCAAUCAGAUAUUCUUUAAGUUUGUUGAGCUAAACCCGGCGAGUUCCUUACUGAAUCCCGAGUCCUUUAAGCUGAAGACCUUUACUCUCAUGUAUGUUGCAAUCAAAAUGAAACCCGUCGUCUCACCUGUCCACAUCUACAGCGCUACUUAUUUGUAGUUUUAUAAUUAAUUUUAUAAAUUCACAUUUGUCAUAGUUUUUAAAUAUAACCUCAAAUUGCUUUUUAAAACCAAAUCUGAAUUUGACUGCAGGACACACUAGACUACGAAGUAAAAACACUCCGCAAGCAACUAGAAAUACAAAAGAAUGAGUUGAAACUUCACUACCAGAAGCAAUUGGAGGAUGCCGUGCUGGCUAAGCUGCAAGAGUUUCAGCAGCAACUAGACCACGCUGAAAAGGAACUGGAAAAUGAUGCCAGGAGCAAAGAGGAUGCCAUCAUCGAUAAUUUCAAUAAACAGAUUGCCAGGAUAGAAGAGCAACAUAAACUAGAAAUUAAUGUGUUGGAAGAAAAACAAAAGGAAGAAAUAAAUCUAUGCAGACUGCAACUUGCACAAGCUAAUGAGAAAGUGGGAUUACUUGAGAGCAAAUUGGAAUCGUAUCGCCGACGUCGAGGUCAGAUCGCUAGUCAGUUGCACAGCGUGAUGGAGUCUCAGUGGAGACAGGCGUUGCUUAUACUCACUAACGGGCAUCACGCCUCCUCGCUCGAUCUCACACGUCCCGAUAGCGGUAAUCACCACUUUAUACUUAAAGC